AUGUCGUAUUUAUCAAGAGAUGAUUCCGGCUAUGCAAAGCACUCUAUCGAAAACAUUGUGAAUGGAAAAACAGUUGAGAACGCCGCAAGAAAGGCGUCCUUUGAUGAACGAACCUGGGUUUGGAUAUCUGACCCUGAGGAUGUCUACUUAAGGGCAUGGAUCGAAGAAAAACUGAAUUCAAACUCCCAAUACAAAGUUCGAUUAGAGAAAGAUGGAAGCGAACGAAUUGUAGAUUCAAAGAGUACGGGAGAAGUGAACCCUCCGAAGUUUGACAUGGUAAACGAUAUGGCCGAGUUAACAUGUCUCAAUGAACCUUCAGUUAUUCACAACCUAAUUCAACGGUACGAACGAGACUUAAUUUACACAUACUCUGGUCUUUUCUUAGUAGCCGUGAAUCCAUAUCGGUCAUUACCCAUUUACGGCGAUGAUAUAGUUAAGAAGUAUCAUGCAAAACAAUUUCCUGAAGUCAAACCACACAUCUUUCGUGUAGCAGAUAUUGCUUAUAGGAAUCUGCUGGAGAGGGAGCAAGAUCAAUCAAUUUUGGUAACUGGUGAAUCAGGUGCUGGUAAGACCGAAACCACAAAGAAAGUUAUUCAAUAUCUUACUGCAAUUACUGGUACUUCUAGCAAUGAUUCUCAACUUUUAGAAAACAAAAUUUUAGAUACCAAUCCCGUUUUGGAAGCAUUUGGUAAUGCCCAAACUGUGCGAAACAAUAACUCCUCUCGCUUUGGAAAGUUUAUACGAAUUGAGUUUUCUAUAGAUGGUAGCAUAGUUGGUGCUAACUUGGACUGGUACUUGCUUGAGAAAUCUCGAGUUACUAAUCCAUCUCCUAACGAACGAAAUUAUCACAUUUUUUAUCAAUUAUUGCGUGGUAGUGAUGAUAAUUUACUACGAGAAUUUUUUCUUGAACGUUCCGUUGACAAGUACACCUAUUUGAAAAAUUGUGCGAAAUUUGUUUCAGGAGUGGAUGAUGCUUCGGAAUUCCGUCAAGUCUGUGCCGGACUUACUACACUUGGAUUUAGUGCCGAAGACACAAAGCAGCUUUAUACUGCAAUCGCUGCUGUCUUACAUCUGGGAAAUAUAGAGGUUGCCUCUGAUCGUGCUGGCCAGGCACGGUUCCCAUCUUUGACACACAUUGAUCAGCUCUGUCAUCUGUUAGGUAUACCACCUGAAGCUUUUAUAAAUGCAGUUUUGCAUCCAAAAACAAAGGCAGGGAGAGAAUGGAUUGUUAAUGCACGUACAAAGGAGCAGGUUCUACAUACUCUUCAAUCACUCGCAAAGAGUUUGUAUGAAAGAAAUUUUGCAUUCUUAGUUGAUAAGCUAAAUCGGACAAUGUAUCAGACUCAGAAUGAUAACAAGUACUUUAUAGGCGUCUUAGAUAUUGCGGGAUUCGAAAUCUUUGCGCACAAUAGCUUUGAGCAACUCUGUAUUAAUUACACGAACGAAAAGCUUCAACAGUUUUUUAAUCAUUACAUGUUCAUUCUGGAGCAAGAAGAAUAUUCUCAAGAAAAAAUUGAGUGGGAUUUCGUUGAUUAUGGUAAUGACUUGCAGCCAACCAUAGAUGUAAUCGAAAAGUCAGAACCGAUUGGCAUCCUUUCUUGCUUAGACGAAGAUUGUGUUAUGCCAAUGACAACAGACAAUACCUUUACGGAGAAGCUACAUUUGCUUUUGAAAGGAAAGUCUGACAUUUACCAUCCUAAAAGGUUCUCGUCAGAAGGAUUUGUUUUGCGACAUUAUGCCGGUAAUGUUGUUUAUUCUACCGAAGGAUGGUUGGAAAAGAAUAAAGAUCCUCUUAACUCUAACCUCGCAAAUUUAAUAUCCCAAUCUUCAAAUAUGCAUAUAUCUUCCCUUUUUUCUGAUUACUCUUCUGGGAACACUUUGAAUGGUGAUCAUUAUGAAAAGAAGGGUAUUUUCCGUACCGUUUCUCAAAGACACAGACGACAUCUUAAUACUCUAAUGAAGCAACUAGAAGCUACACAACCGCAUUUCGUCCGUUGUAUUAUUCCAAAUAGCAUAAAGAAGCCUAAAUUUAUUGAGAAAGGACUAGUUUUAAACCAGCUACGAUGUAAUGGUGUUUUGGAAGGAAUUCGAAUUGCCCAGACUGGGUUUCCUAACAAGCUGUUGUACACAGAGUUUCGAUCUAGAUACGGGAUUCUAUCAAAUACACUAGAAAGGGGUUAUGUAGAAGCAAAAAAGGCUACUGUGGCUAUUAUAAAGGAGUUGGAUUUAUCUAGAAGCGUCUAUAGACUAGGUAAAACCAAAGUUUUUUUCAAGGCUAAUGUGCUUGGGUUUCUCGAAGAUCGAAGAAAUGCGAUGCUGCGAAAUAUUUUUAAAGCCUUUUCUUCUACAAUAAGGGGAUUUCUUGUACGACGUCGCCUUUAUCGGUUAAACCAUCGCCAGGACGCUGCUAUUGUUUUACAGCAUAACUUAAGAGAAUUGAAUGUUUUAGGGAAGCACCCUUGGUGGCAUUUAUUUUUAAAAUUGAAACCUUUAUUGGGGACAACUCAAACCGAUGAAUAUCUACGUCGUAAAGAUGCACUCAUCAAUAACCUUAGAAUUCAAUUAGAAAAAGCAGAAUUGGUUUCUGUUGAACUAGAGGCUAAUCGUCAGCAAAUUUCAAGCAUUUCGAAGGAGCUGAGUGAGGAACAGGCGGUUUCGAAAGAAAAAGAGAUUCUAGUUGAGCGAGCCAAUUCUAGAGUUGAAGUUAUAAAUGAGCGACUUUCCGAUUUGGUAGAACAAUUGCACAUAAGUCAUGAUAAAUAUACUUCAUUGUACAAUGAAAAGAAGGAGACUGACGAGCAAUUUGAGAAAUCCAAAUCCUUAACGAAUCAUCUUCAAGGAUUAAUUUCGACUUUGCAAGAAAAGUUGGAUUCUUCUGUUGCAGCAAAUGAAGAAACGAAAAGAAAAUACAAAGAGAUGGAAUCAUCUCAUAUUAAUUUACAGGCAGAUUAUGAGCACUAUGCACAGCUGUUAGAUUCUCAACGAAGUACUUUAGCGGAAGAGCAAACGAAACUUGACAGGUUAAAACAAAGUAAAAACAAGCUAGAGGAAGAAAUUCUUUUUAAAGGCAAUUUACACAAAGCAGAAGUGGACGAAUAUAAGUCUGAAAACUCUAGUCUGAAAAACCAAUGCAAUAUCUAUGAAUCUCAAAUUGCUAGCCUGGUAUCUGAUUAUUCUAGGACUGAAUCCGAGUUGAAUAAAAAAGAAUCUGAAAUCUUAAUGUUUCAAACGGAACUUGCUGAAUACAGAGAUCAACUCGCUAGUUCUUUAAAAAAACGUGCUUCAGAUGCUCUCGGAGAGGAGGAGGCAUUGUCCCUUGACAGUCAAGAAAGUACAUAUUCGUCUUCUUCAACUACUCUUUCGAUUUUAAAAGAUGUUCAAGAAUUAAAGACGUUGCAUUCUAAAGAAGCAGUACAACUUUCUGGUAGGAUAAAAGAUGUUACUCAACUGCUCGAGCAGAGCAUGGCUACCGAAGAUAAGCUGCGCUUAAAAAAUAAUGAGCUGUCAGAUAUUGUUGAAGCUUUGAAAUAUCAAAUGCAAGAACAGGACAGGGAGAUUCUUGAAGCAAAUGCUGCUAAUGUGAAUCUUCAAAAGACCAAUGAUGUCUUGGAAAAAAAUGCAACAGACUUUAUUGACUUGCAAAGUGUAAAAACGCGCUAUGAAUGUAAAGUAUCGGAAUUAUUCUCGCAGUUACAUAAAGAACGAAAAAGGGCUGAACAACUAAAGACGAAGCUUGAAUCUUUCGGUAAUAAUGAAAAGGAAAAUUAUCAUCACGGGAUUUCAAAAGAAAACGAACCAAUGAAAGGUACAAGAAAGGAAAGUCUUCGAAGGAUUACUGAUUUACUUUCUUCAGCAAUGAAUUCUUCAACUUUUGAAAAGUACCAUCUGGAAAUGCUUCUUAAUGCAUUACAGCAACAAAUUUCAGAGUUUGACUUAAGUCUUCCUCAAAAAAGCCUGCUUUCUUCUAAUUUAGAAUCUUUAAAAAGAAGAUCGUCAGUAGGAAGGAACAUUGAACCUGCUUUGUCGCCUUCUAAGACCAACAAUGGCGAUUCCUCAAACUUGACGAAAAUGCUUCAAGGUUCUCCUAGCAAGCGCUCUGGAAAAAUGGAGGCCCUUAUACGAAACUUUGAUCAGAAUAAUACUUCCUUUUUAUUUGAACCUAAUAAAGAAGAGGGAAACCAGAAAUCUAUGAAUCUUCGCUCAGAAAUUAUGAAACUGAAUUUUAAUUUAGAAGAAGCAAAACGAAAUGGAAUUUUAGAUUCUAGCACCGUUGAUAGUGGUGUUACUGCCGCAAUGCAGUCUUUAUUGGAAGAAAAUCAAGCGCUGAAAGCUACGGCGACGACGAAUGUAAGCAUUGAAAGUUCACCUGGCGAGCAAGAACAAUUAUUAAAUGAAGUUCCCGCUCGAUUACAAGGUGAUUUAAGGAGGCACUUUGAUCAGCUGCGCCAAUCCAAAGAGACAUUGUUAAAACUGCACAACAUUACUGAGGACAAGCUACAUUCGGCUGAUCUAGCACUUAAAGAAACAACAAAAGAAAGAGACCAUUUGCUGCGUAACUUCUCUACACCGACCAAACCUUCCUUUAUUGUCAACGAUGAAACAGAAGAUCUUGGGUUUGACAGCUCAGAUGGCCUUGAUGAACAGAAGCUAGAAGAAGUUAAUCUUUUACGGAUGAGAAAAUUGGAAAGCGCUCUUUCGAAAUAUAGGAAUCGUCUCGGUGAGUUUCAGUUGCGCCAUGAAAACUCUGAGUCAUCUAUCCACAAACUAGAACGUGCUAAGAUGGGUCUCUCGAAUAAAUUAGCGGAAAGAGAAACCUACAUAGCUGAACUGCUUGGCACUCGAAAGAAGAUGGAGAUGGCGCUAUUGGAGUCAAAUGCCAAGCAAAAAGAGUUUGAAAUACUCUAUUAUGAAAGAAAUAAUGAUUUGUUGGAAAUAAGGCAACACAGAGAAAAGUUGAUGAAACAAAUUGACGAAUUUAACGCAGUACGUGUUCAAGAUCUAGAAGAGCGUGAACGGAAAGACGAAUUAUUAUUCCAGCGUUACCAAAAGGAGCUCAACGGAUUUAAGGUACAGCUAGAAGAAGAACGAGAGAAAAAUUUGCGGAUACGGCAAAACAACCGACAUGUGCAUUUAGAAGUCGGAGAGUUAAGAACGAAGGUUGAUGGACUAAUUCUGGAAAAAACAGGUUUAGUGAAAGAAACUUCACGUUUACAAUCCGAAAUGCAAUCGAUGUAUAAGGUAAAGAACAAUUCUUCGGCGGCACAUCGAACAGCGCAAUCACAAUUGCUUAAUCUGACGUCGCAACUGCAAGAAAUUCGAGAAGUGAAUGAGCACCUUCGUUCCGAACAAAACAAUUUGCUUAAUGAAAAACGUAGUCUUGAACAGAAAGUGCAGGAAGUGACAAGUCAAUUGAACAAUUCUAAAUUCUCCGAAUACUCCCCAGAACUAGCUGAUACUGAGAAGGAAAUGGCUGAUUUGCGGGCAAGCAUGGAGCAGAAAGAUGAACUGUUAACGUCACUAGUAGACAGAAUGAAGCAAAUGGAGUUCUUUGCCUCUGAAACUCAAAAAGAUAGCAACCAACACCGUGAAGAAAAUUUGAAUCUACAUCGGCAAACUGGAGUUUUAGAAAAUGAAAAGAAAGAGCUGGAGCUCCGAUUAUUUGAUUUGGAUGCUAAGAGCUACCCAUUGAGUUCAUCGAAAGAUGUUCGAAUGCUUCAAAAACAAAUUGCAGAAUUAGAGAGCUCUGUUGCGGACUCGGACAAGGAACGCAUUAAGGGACUCGAUGAAUGCAGGCUCCGAGAUCGUAGUAUUCGUCAUCUAGAAGCUCGUGUUCGAAAGUUUGAUGAAGAAAAGCAAAAUCUGUCGGCAUCCAUUUCUCAUCUGGAAGAUCGGAAUAGUCUUUUGUAUAAUCAACUAGAAGAUACAAAAGCAUCUGAAACGCAUUACAAAUUAGCUUUGCAAAGAGCAGAGCACGAGGUUCAAGAGGAACGAGAAAACCUUGCGAAUCUGGAACGAGACCUAGAAAAAUAUCGACUCAUACUUGAAGGUCAACGAGCUAGGCGUUUAGACAGUCGAUUGUCAAUGCGUUCUAGUACAAAGUCUCCGUCAAUGCAUUGA